AUGGUGGUAGUUCGUCGUCUUGUAAAAAAUCCAAAGUACAAGAAUAUACUUUGUAUCAAACAAAUUUAUGCGAAUAUUCAAUGGAUCAAUCCAAUUCACAGCAAUAAUAAUUAUAAUAAUCAUACUUCACAAAUAACAAAUUAUUCAAAUCAAACUAAUCAAUAUUAUCGAUCAUAUCAUAAAUUAGCCUUAGAUAAUAAUAUGAAUGAUCAAUUCAAUCAAAUUUAUUCAUCAUAUAACAAUUUAAAUUUCAAUUGGGAAUCCAGUGCAAAUCGUAUCACAACGGAUUGGGCAGAAAAACGUUUGAUUAAAGAUUUAUUAUAUGAUUAUGAAAAGCAAUCAAGGCCAGUUGUUGAUGAUUUAACACCAAGAGUUCAUGUGACCAAAACACAAGUCACACAACAAAUUACUGUAGAAUUUGGACUAGAAUUAUUACAAAUAUUAGAUUUAGAUGAAAUGGAUCAAAUUUUAACAACAAGUGUUCGAUCAUUAUAUAAAUGGGUAGAUCACAAUUUAAUAUGGAAUCCGAAUGAUUACGGUGGCAUUGAUUCAGUGACUAUACCUGUGGAACACCUUUGGAUACCUGACAUUUCACUUUAUAACUAUGCAGAUGAAAGGCUCAAUGAAAGAAGACCUUGUGAUGCAAGAAUUUUUUCUGAUGGGAGUGUACUUUGGAAUCCAAUGGGUAUAUUUAAAAGUACAUGUUCUGUUGAUAUUAAAUACUUUCCAUUUGAUCGGCAAAAGUGUGUUCUGAAAUUCGGACCUUGGAGUUAUGAUGGAUUUCGCGUUAACAUUUCAUUUUAUGAUGGUGAACGUAAUUUUCGUCUACUUAAUUAUAUUACUAAUCCUGAAUGGAAUUUAUUAAAUUCCAGUGCCGUAUUCACAGAAAUUUCUUAUCCAUGUUGUCCGGAAAAAUAUCCUGAUAUUACAUUCCAUGUAUGGAUUAAAAGAAAAUCAGCAUUUUAUACAUACAUUUUAAUUAUACCAAGUAUACUGUUAUCAUCGCUUACAUCAGUUAUCUUCUGGUUGCCACCACCUUCACCAGCCAAGAUUGUUUUAGGUGCAUAUUAUUGUUUCAAUAUGGGUGUCAUUACAAUUUCAAUGUUUUUAUGCUGUAUCACAGUUAAUAUACAUUUUCGUACAGCUGAAACUGAACAACCAUCUAAAUGGUUAAGAAAAUUCACUUCGUUGAUGGGACGAAUACUUUUUAUCAACAUUGAUGCACUUGAAUUAGUUGAGACAAGAGAUAAUUUAGAAAUGAAUUUACGUUUAAAUCGAUCAGCACAAAAAUCUGUCAAAAUGUCAUCUUUUUUAAGUCAUACUAAUCGACAAUUCAAUCAUCUCAAUACUUAUUCACAUCGUAGUUUAAAUGACUUGCCUCAAAUGAAUUCAACAUUAUUAGUAUCAAAAUCUUUACAUUCAACAUCAACAUCAUCGUCAUCAUCAUCAUCAACUCAUGAUUAUUUAUAUAAUAAUACACUUCAAGAUGAUCAUAGUAAUUCUGUUAAUCAAUGUCCAUACUGUACAGUUCAGUUGAACACUUCUCAAUCAUAUCCAUUUCAUUCUGAAUUUUCUAAAACAUUAAAGAAUAGAAAUAUAAACAACGAGGUAUACAAUUCAAAUGGUUCAUUAAAACUUCCAAUUUGCUCAGGGACUAAUACACAUUGUUCAUGUUAUUUUUUCAAACAAAUAUCUUCACCCCAAUGUUAUUCAAGUACUAAUGAUGUGUCCAGCGAUCAGAAUAAAACACAAUACAAUGUACCAAUUCAUACAAACUUAUCCAAUUCACAUUAUUCCUUGCCAAUAAAAAAUACUUGUUCAAAUGAUCAGAUGAUUGAAACUUAUCAUUUAAAUGAGAAUUCUAUUGAAAAUAUUGAUGAUGAUGAUUUAAAGAAUUGGAAUCAUGACCAGUAUUUUUAUCAUCAUUAUAAUGAUAAUUUAACUCGAACAACAACAACAACACCUGCACUUCAACAAAAAAUCAAUAACAAUAAUCAUAAAAAACGAUUACAAGCCUAUUCAAAAUCUCUUUACUGGAAUAAACCGAUGAAACACGGUAAAAUCAAUAAAAUUGCAUCAACCUCAAAUUCACAAUUAAAGAAUUAUUUCCCAGUUAGUUUUAGUACAGUAGCAGCCAGCAGUCGUAAAGAUCGUCAAUCUUUAAAACAUAUAAAACAAGAUAUUCAUUAUAUAGCAAAAGCGGCAAGACAAUUAUUAGUAGAAUUAAAAGAACGUGAAUUUAAAGCGAAAAUUAUUGAACAAUGGAAAAUAGUCGGUAUUGUAUUAGAUAGAAUAUUUUUUAUUCUUUACUUUGUUACAAUUCUUUUGUCAGCUUUAUUAUUUCAUCCGACAUUAAUUGAUGAUUAUAGUGAUGAUUAGGUAGAG